CCCCUGCGCAGUUCUCUCCCUCAUUCUCUCACAUUCUGUCGCUUUCCCUACAAGGCUGAACCACAGACAGCAGGAUGUCUAUAGUGAACAUCGUUGCCAGGGAAAUCCUGGACUCCAGGGGAAACCCCACGGUAGAGGUGGACCUGCACACCGAGAAAGGUGUUUUCAGGGCCGCGGUGCCAAGCGGUGCCUCCACUGGCAUCUAUGAGGCUCUGGAGCUGCGAGAUGGGGACAAAACCCGCUACAAGGGGAAAGGCGUGCUCCAGGCUGUGGGCCACAUCAACAAUACCAUCGGACCCGCCCUUGUCCAGUCUGGAAUCGGUGUCGUUGAGCAGGAGAAGCUGGACAACAUGAUGAUCGAGAUGGAUGGGACCGAAAACAAGUCGAAGUUUGGCGCCAACGCAAUCCUAGGAGUUUCCCUGGCUGUGUGCAAGGCUGGUGCUGCGGAGAAAGGAGUCCCGCUGUACCGCCACAUCGCUGACCUGGCUGGAAACACGGAGCUGGUGCUGCCUGUUCCUGCUUUCAAUGUUAUCAACGGAGGGUCCCACGCCGGCAACAAGCUGGCCAUGCAGGAGUUCAUGGUGCUGCCGGUGGGAGCCGAGUCAUUCCGCGAGGCCCUGCGUGUGGGUGCGGAACUGUACCAUACCCUGAGGGGCGUGAUCCGGGAAAAGUAUGGCCAGGAUGCCACCAACGUGGGGGACGAGGGCGGGUUUGCGCCCAACAUUCUGGAGAACAGUGAGGCGCUUGAGCUCUUGAAAACAGCCAUCGAGAAGGCAGGCUUCACGGAAAAGGUGGUGAUUGGCAUGGAUGUGGCAGCAUCAGAGUUCUACCGCGAUGGCAAAUAUGACCUGGACUUCAAAUCUCCUCCUAACUCAGACAGACACAUCACUGCUGACGAGCUCACUGAGAUCUAUCAGAGCUUUGUCAAUGAUUAUCCAGUGGUGUCCAUAGAGGACCCCUUUGACCAGGACGACUGGCCAGCGUGGACUCGUCUCACAGCCUCAAUGGGAAUCCAGGUGGUGGGCGAUGACCUCACGGUCACCAACCCCCGGAGGAUAGAAAAGGCUGUCGAGGACAGAGCCUGCAACUGCCUGCUCCUGAAAGUCAACCAGAUCGGCUCUGUCACCGAGGCUAUACAGGCGUGCAAGCUGGCUCAGGAAAAUGGCUGGGGUGUGAUGGUUAGCCACCGCUCGGGGGAGACUGAAGACACCUUCAUUGCUGACCUGGUGGUUGGGCUCUGCACUGGGCAGAUCAAGACUGGAGCUCCCUGUAGAUCUGAACGUCUGGCCAAGUACAACCAGCUGAUGAGAAUUGAGGAGGAGUUGGGUGAUCAAGCUCGUUUUGCUGGGCACAACUUCCGAAACCCUAGCGCUCUGUGAGACUGGCACACAGACUAAGAGAGAGAGAGAGACACACACACACACACACACACACACACACACACACACACACACAAACACAAACAUGAGCAAUGAACCACUGAAUCAGAGAUCCUAAGAUACACGUCCCCUCGUGGGUGACAACACAUCAGCAAAGCAGUUGCUUCAAUCACAGACACACACUGUCAGAGGCAUAGACUGAAUGACAACCCGAAUAACUGACAGUGACAGAUUGACAGCUUUACCUAAAAAUGACCACGAAAACUCACGGCGUGGAGCACAGUCUCUCUCUCACUUUCCCUUUCGUUCACUUUUGUCACCGGCUAGCACUUUCUGUAGUUCUCCUUCAUCUCCUCUGUCUCCCUUGCUCUCUCUUUCUUUCCUCUCUCUCCAUGGCCUUCAGUGACCUCAUCCCUCCUUUACUCCAACUCUCUCUUCUCUCUCUCUCCUCUCACCUUUUCCUCUCUCCUUUCUCCCAUGUGGAUGGAAUCCUUUGUCCUGCUCCCAUGUCAGUAGAACUACGAUAUAAUUAAAAAAGCUUGCCACAAAAUGAGUCAGUAAAUAAAGAUAUCAUUAAUUAUGACUUCAACCACAA